GGAAGGCGUGUGGUUGAUUCCAGCAUCCGGUGAGGAGGAGGCUGUUACCCGGCGGGCAGCCAGCUCUGCUCGGCUCUAUCAACGAACAUGUCCCGGUUGAAAAGGGCGGCUAACGUCGACAGUCUGGCGGGAUUCCGGAGCUCCCAGCCGGAAGCUGCGGUUCCCUGCGGGUUACUGAAGGCGGCCAGGAAGAGCGGCCAUCUUAACCUGUCCGGGCGGGGCUUGCUGGAAGUCCCUCAGAGCGUUUACCGGCUUAACGUGGACGAACCAGCAGAAGCCAAGGAGGACGUGUCCUUCACAGGAUCAGAUCGAUGGUGGGAGCAGACGGACCUGACCAAGCUGCUGCUGUCCUCCAACCGCCUGACUGAGCUCUCUGAAGACAUCCAGCUGCUCCCAGCGCUCACCGCCCUGGAUCUCCAUGACAACCAGCUGAGCAGUUUACCCAGAGCUGUUGGGGAGCUGCAGGAGCUCCAGCUGCUGAGACUCAGUCAUAAUAAGUUGGCGUUGCUGCCGGCGGAGCUGUUCGCCCUGCAGAAGCUGCAUUCUCUCACUCUGCAGCAGAACCUUCUGGAAAAGAUGCCUGAGGAAAUGGGCCAGCUGGGGAGCCUGACGGAGCUGGAUCUGUCCCACAACCUUCUGGAGCAGCUGCCCUCCAGCGUGGGACACCUCACAGCUCUGCAGAAAAUCACACUUUGUCACAACAGGCUGAGGGUUCUGCCUGACAGCCUGGGCCAGCUAACAGACGUCAGACUGCUGGAUUGCAGCAACAAUCAGCUGACCGACGUUCCCGCCAGCCUUUCCGGGAUGCGUUCCCUGGAGCAGCUUUAUCUCCGACACAACAAGCUGCGGCGGCUGCCCCGGGUCCCCGCCCCAGCACUGAAGGAGCUGUUUGCUGGGAAUAACCAGAUUGAGCAGCUGGAGGCGGAGCAGCUGGCCUGUCUGACGGCCGUAUCCCAGCUGGAGCUGAGAGACAACAAGAUCAGGAAGCUUCCAGAGGAAAUCCCUCCGCUGCUCCCUCUGACCAGGCUGGACCUCACCAACAACGACAUCAGCAGUCUGCCGGCGUCUCUGAGUCUGCUGCCCAACCUGAAGGUGCUGCUGCUGGAGGGGAACCCUCUGCGAGGAAUAAGGAGAGAACUUCUGGCUAGAGGAACCAGUGAUCUCCUGAAGUAUCUAAGAGGACGGAUUAAAGAGGAGCCUGAGGGAGCCGCUGAGGGACCAACUGCUCUGACUUUACCUUCUGAGGCUCUGGUCAACCUGCAGAAAGUCCAAACCCUGAAGACGUUGGAGUUCAGCAACAAGCAGGCGGCCGAGGUUCCAGAGCAGGUGUUUGACGCCGCAGCGCAUCAAGCUAUAAUCACCGCUGACCUCAGCAGGAACCAGCUGACCUCCUUCCCUUCCGGACUGCUGCAGUUCCAGUCCUCACUGACCGACCUCAGCCUGGCCUUCAACAGACUGACCUGCUGCUCCCCCCACAUCUGCUCCUUCCAGCUGCUCGCACACCUGGAUCUCAGGAACAACCAGCUGACUGACCUGCCGUGUGAAAUGAAGACGCUGCCAAAGCUUCGCUCCGUCAUCCUGAACUACAACAGGUUCAGCUCCUUCCCUGAAGUCCUCUAUGACAUCAUGACCUUGGAGACGGUCUUGCUGGGGAACAACCAGGUGUGUGGUCUGGAUCCCGGCCGUCUGAAGCUGCUCAGUCUGUCCACUCUAGAUCUAUCUAACAACGACCUGCUGAGCGUCCCUCCUGAGCUGGGCCUGUGCACCAGCCUCCGCUGCCUGAGUCUGGAGGGGAAUCCGUUCCGCACGCCCAGAGCGGCCAUCUUGGCCAAAGGAACCGACGCGGUGUUGGAGUACCUGCGCAGCCGCAUCCCGGCGUGAGCCAUCGAUCCGAACGUUUCACAGAAUCUCUCAGUUCCUGAGUCUGAUGCUAAAAUCAUCAGUUGUUUGUAGAAACGAUGUUUUUGAAGAACAUAAAGAAAAUUCCUCCUUCA